AUGGUAGACAGUCCUUCUUCCUGGAGUAUCAGCAUAGUGGAGGAGAAAGAUCACCAAGACUUGGGGACCAGCUUGCUUCUGCUUGGAAAACCUUCCUUGACCAGCCGUUCCAACCCCAAACGUUCUCAGACCAAACAAGAUCCUGGGGCUAAUGAUUUAGCAAGGGCUCCUCUGAAGCCCAGUUCUAUUCCAUCAGAUGACUCCCAACCUGGAGGUUCUGGGGUUCAGAGGUGGCCCCCAUCUGGGUGGCUGCCCUCCAUGGGUUUCUGGCCCUCUGAGGGUCCUUGGGAGAUCAUGGCUGUUGUGGAGGACCACAUGGGGGAAGUGCUGUCCGAAGAACCUUCUUCUUCCAGUGUGGCUGCCCUCCUUCUGGAAGACAGUCCUUUGCCUGUGGGGUUCUCUGCAGGCCCAUCACCUGUGGCUUUAGUCUUCCACCCGGACUCUGAUUCUAGAGACCACCCCUGUUCGAACAUGUGGGGAGCCCAGGGAAAAAUCCUUGCCCAAUGCCCACCCUGGUCUCUCAUCAACAGGAUUCAACAGCCACUUCUGCUAGGUUACCUCUGGGGGACCCUGACUCUCACUGUGUCCUGAGGUGGAAAUCCUGGAACUGGAUGGGGAAUCAAGCCCGUGCCACAUCCUGUGGGAAUCUGGGGUAUCAAUAAUCGAUAUCCAAGUAUGAGCUGUGGAAAUACUAAUCAGUAUCCAGGUACCAGCUGGGGGAGAAUUCAUCUACACUCAGGCAUUAAUAAUCAAUUUUCUCCCAGAGUUCUCCAUUCUCCUGGCUCUUUUGGGAAAAUCCCAGCUGGCUUCCUCAGUUCUCAAAACCCUGGGUCUCAGGGGCGUUAG